AUGAGACAUCCGGUUGAUUCUAGGGUAUGGAAGGACUUCGAUAACAAACAUUCGAGGUUUACCCAAGAUCCUCGUAAUGUCAGACUUGGUCUAGCGAGUGAUGGGUUCAACCCAUUCAAUAACAUGAGCAAACUGUACAGCAUUUGGCCAGUGCUACUUGUGCCUUACAACUUGCCCCCUUGGUCAUGCAUGAAAGAUCCAUACUUUAUGUUGUCAUUGUUAAUCCCUGGACCAAAGGCACCGGGGAAUGAUAUUGACGUGUUCUUGCGUCCCCUAAUAGAUGACUUGAGAGAAUUAUGGGAAGAGGGAAUUCGUACAUAUGAUGCAUACAAACGAGAAUCGUUUCAGCUGAGGGCAGCGUUGCUCUGGACCAUCCAUGAUUUUCCUGCAUAUGCAAAUCUUUCAGGCUGGAGCACAAAGGGUAAGAUGGCAUGGCCUACAUGUAACUUAGAAACAGAUGCAUUGUGGCUUGUGCAUAGCCGAAAACAUUGUUAUAUGGGUCACCGUAGGUGGUUGGUGCCAGAUCACAGUUGGAGGAGGAAAACAAAUGCUUUUAAUGGUAAGGAGGAACACCAUCUCCAACCUAUAAUGAAAGUGGGACAAGCUUUAAUGGAGCAAUUACAUGAGGUCUCAAACGUGCAGUUUGGUAAAUCAACAAAGAAGAGGAAACGUAUGCCCAAUGAACUUAACUGGACAAAAAAAUGUAUCUUCUUUGAGCUUCCUUACUGGUUAGAUUUGGGAUUGCGACCUAACUUGGACGUCAUGCAUAUUGAAAAAAACAUUUGUGAUUCAUUCCUAGGAACCUUGAUGAAUAUUGAAGGCAAAAGUAAGGACACCGCCAAUGCGCGUAGGGAUUUGGAAGCUCUUGGACUAAGGAAAGAAUUACACUUACAACAUGAUGGUAAUCAUACUUCUAUGAGUCUUGCAUGUUACAUGUUAAAUGUUACUGAGCGAAGGAGUUUUUGUGCACGUCUGUCAGAAGUCAAAUUUCCGGAUGGUUUUGCCUCAAAUAUUGCCCCGUGUGUUAAUGUUACUGAAGGAAAAAUCAUGGGAAUGAAGAGCCAUGAUUGUCAUAUCUUCAUGCAAUAUUUGUUGCCGAUUGUUAUUGGUGGGUACCUACGACCCGAUAUUAGGGGAGCUUUAAUAGAGUUUUGCUCUUUUUUCAAAGAAUUAUGUUCACGAACACUAGACAUAACAGUGUUGAAACGGCUUCAAGCUAAUAUCCCCAUCAUUCUUUGCAAAUUAGAAAUGAUAUACCCACCUGCAUCUUUUGAUAUCAUGGUGCACCUUGCCAUUCAUCUGCCAGAUGAGGCAUUGCUAGCAGGACCUGUUCAGUACAGGUGGAUGUACCCUUUCGAGAGGUAUUUGGGUAAGUUCAAGUGGUAUGUCCGCAACAGAGCCCGUCCAGAAGGCUCAAUUGCUGAGGCAUAUGUUCAUGUCGAGUGCCUGACAUUUUGCUCUAUGUACCUUAAUGAUAUCGAGACUAUACAUAAUUGA